CCUUGAACGUCGUGCCGCUUCUUCUCUGCCACAACCCCCUCCUCACCCAAGAACUGCGCUCUCAGAAUGCCGCCCAAGACAAGAGGGAAGCAGGCUGCAAAGACCGAUACUCCUGCCGUCCCGGACUCCACCCUGUUCGAUAGCCUCGUCAUCACCCUUUCUGCCUAUGCUGCCAAAGACCGGAGAGCAAGUCAAGCGCUCUCCUAUAUCAACGCUUGUGGCGGGAAAGUCGUCGCCUCUGUGACGAAAGCGUUAACGCACCUUGUGGUCGUACCUGACGAUGUUCUUAAGCAGUCAGCAAAGUUGAAAACUGCUAAGGGGCGCACCGAUGUUUCCGUUGUGUCCCUGGAUUAUUUCGUUUGCUCAGCCCAGCAAGGUAAAAUCUUGAACACUGAGGACUUCAAGGUGGACGCCGAUGAAAGAGACGAGGACGACGAGCAGGAGGAUGAGGAUGAGGCCGAAGAGGAAAAGCCAACGAAUGGAAAGAAAACAAAGACCGAAGCCGGUAGCAAGCGAAAACGCGAAACCGAAGACGACGAAGAUGCUGUGCCGGAGGAGCCGGCCAAAAUGGUGAAAUUCAUCAAGAAAGGGAACGCCGUUGUUGACGAGGUUUGCCCUGUGGCACGAACCUGCCACGUAUACGAGGACGAGUCCGGCGUGUAUGAUUGCAUGCUCAACCAAACGGAGAUCAAGAACAACAACAACAAAUUCUAUGUUAUCCAAGUGCUGGAAGACGACGCAAACAAGUCAUACUACCUUUGGAACAGAUGGGGAAGGGUCGGAGCUACCGGGCAGGACAAGCUGGAGCAAAUUUCCCUGGACCGUGCAAUUGCCGGGUUUAAGGGAAAGUUUCGGGACAAGACGAAGAACGACUGGGACGAUCGAGCUGAGUUUGUCAAGCACCCAGGGAAAUAUUUCCUUCUCGAACGCGACUACGGAGAUGAUCUGGAGGACAACAAGGAAUCGAAAGCAUCUGAGGAUGGAGAUGCUGUGAAGGAAGAAGUCAAAGUCCCGGAUUCAAAGUUACCGAGCCGAGUUCAAGAUCUUAUUAGUCUGAUAUUCAAUGUGGAAAUGAUGACUCAAAGCAUGGUCGAAAUUGGAUAUGACGCCAAGAAGUUGCCGUUGGGGAAGCUGACCAAAACAAACAUCAAGAAAGGAUAUAACGCUCUGGCCGCAAUUUCCGAUGAACUGGCGAAGCCAAAGCCUAGCAGGGAUGUCUUGAUCGAAUUGAGCAGCCUCUUCUACACCAUCAUCCCACAUGUUUUUCCCAACACCACCCGGCCGACGGUGAUCAAUACGCCCCAGUUGCUCAAGUCCAAGCUUGAAAUGGUCGAGGCUCUUGGGGACAUCGAAGUCGCAACGGAGAUUCUCAAGUCUACGAAGAAUCUCUUGGACUCGAAUCCCAUCGACAACCAUUACAAGUCGCUGAACACGGGUCUUAAACCCAUAGAUAGGGAGUCGCCGACUUUCACUCUGAUCGAAAAGUACAUGAAGAACACGCAUGCGGCCACGCACAACAGCUACAGCCUUGAGAUUGAGGACAUCUUCGAUGUUGCGCGUGAGGACGAGGCCGAUCGCUGCAAAUCGUUGCAUAACAAACAGCUGCUCUGGCAUGGUAGUCGUCUCACAAACUUUGUCGGUAUCUUGUCUCAAGGAUUGAAAAUUGCACCACCAGAGGCUCCAGUGACUGGUUACAUGUUCGGAAAGGGGAUCUACUUCGCCAACAUGGUUUCCAAAAGCGCCAACUACUGCUGCACCAGCCGCUCCUCGCCAACUGGCAUUCUCCUUCUCUGCGAAGUGGAAUUGGGCGACACGCACAAAUUGACCAACGCAGAUUACCAUGCCGGCGAAGGCGCCGAGGCCGCUGGGUGCCAUUCCACUCACGGGCAGGGCCAAACAACCCCUGACCCGAAGGAUUACACUGCGCUCCCUGACGAGCCCGAUGUGAAUGUGCCGUGCGGAAAGGGCGUACCGAGCAAGGUUCCUGGCGCAUACCUGCAAUAUGAUGAGUUCAUCGUGUACAAAGUGCAGCAGGCGAAGAUCAGAUACCUGAUUCGCACGCGGUUUAAGCACAAGUACUAGACAAUCAUUAGCGGCACAUUUUCGGAGUCCUUGGCUUUCACGUUUCAUCUUAUUAGCGUAACCACCAUGUGUGGAGGCGUAGCAUCGCGACGGUAGAGCACGGCCUGUACAGUUUCUGAUUCAUCCGCGGCGUACUGAACUGCAUUCUUGUACAACUACCGCAAUCAAAAGAGCCGGCAUUGCAGUAGAGAGAGAGAGAGAAGCUGUAUAUGUACAUUAUUUUAAGCAUAUACGCGUGCAUUAUAUCAAGCA